AACAGCAAACGCGGAUGCUCCGUACCUUCAGUCCCAAGACAACGUAAAAGAUAUGGAUGAAGCAUCAAAAGACUUGUUUUCUUCAAAGGCAUCUUGGUAUGAAACCGACAUGCUCUCAAGCAAAGCAGAUGCCGAAGAUGACUUUCUGUUUGAGAGGAAGCCAUCUGCGUCUCCAAAUAAUCCUUUCCAGAGCUUUGCCCCCAUAGGUGAUUCUAGUAGCGACUUUGCCCUUCCUGGGGAGGCUGUGUUUGACAGCAGGGCUGGAAAAAUGUCUGAAAGUCCUACACCAGACUUGGUGCAAUAUGCUCAUGAUGGUGAAUCGCAAGGGACCACUUCAACUAAGCACAGAGAGGAACCCCUUGUUGACCUGGUGCAUAAAGUUUCAGAUGCAGUCGUGGAACCGUCCGACCCUUUGACGAACCUCCCAACAUCCGCUCAGGAGUCUGACAAACCUUCAACACCUCCCUCUCUGCCAGACAUCUUGAAGUUGUCUCCUUUGAACCAUGACAAAGAUGAUUCGGGUUCGUCGGAAGGCAGUUCUGACUGUGAACGUAGUCCCGUCCCGGGGCUUCAGAAUGUCUCUCAUUCGGCCUUGAACGCGUUCACCUUCGACUCAAAGGUCCUGCUCCUGAAGGAAAUGGCUGACGAGACAGAAGCCCGGGCCGCUGAGAAGAGGAAGCAAGAUGGAGCAUCAGCCCACGAGCAGAGCUUUGGCACGUUUGAUCUUUUAAAGGAAGCUAAGACCACCUCCGAGGUUCAAGGUCUCCAGUCAAUGAUGGAGGAGGAAGAAAAAGACUGGAUGUUCUCCAGCAAAGAAUCUGUGAAAUUACCAGACAGGUCAGGGUCUCCCAGCCACCCAUCCUCCAUGAAUCUGCCGCCAAGCCCUCCUUCUAAAAACGUUGUGCCCGAGGAAUCGGACUCUGAAAGCCCCAUAACCGAUUCUCUGUCUCCAGUCUUGGAUGCGAUGGCGAAGAAUCCAGAGAGCUUUCAAGUAGAGGUUGAGAGCAGGUGUGUGAAGGAUUCCAAAGUGACACUUGAGAAGGAGGUUAAGGGACUGUUUGGAGAGGAACCCGAGGCGCAUGAAGAGGUGUCUGAGCACGAGGUCUCCUCGGAGGAGUUUGAAUUUGUAGAGAGACCUCCCAAGGGCGUGAUCGACGAGUUCUUAGAAACCCUAGAUAACUCCAAGCUUGCCAAGGCACCGGAAAGAGGUGUGGAGUACGACUUACCAACCUUUGGCCGGAGCAAGCUGUUCGCAGAGUUUGAGGAAGUUGGCUCGUCUCCAAUGUCCUACGACUUCUUAAGCCAGCCUACAUCCAAAGCAGACCUGGAAACGCCGGAUGUUCCUUCGGAGAGUCCUGAGCGCAAUGUCCAGAAGAUCACCGCGCUCUCGCGUGGUCCCCUCAGCCACCCUACCCCAGAAGAGCUGCCAAGGCCCGCGGCCCCAUGGGACGCAAAGGAGGAUGGGAUGCCCAGUGCGCCGGCCCGGCCCGAAGCUCCAAAACCUGCCAGGUUGCCAAAUCUGAGCGCAGAAGCAGUGGUGGAUCUCCUGUACUGGCGGGACAUUAAGACGACGGGCGUGGUGUUUGGGGCCUGCCUCUUCCUCCUCCUCUCCCUCACCGUGUGCAGCAUCGUCAGCGUCUGCUCCUACGUGGCCCUCACUCUGCUGUCCGUCACCAUCGCCUUCAGGAUAUACAAGGGCAUCCUGCAGGCCAUCCAGAAGUCCGACGAGGGGCACCCCUUCAAGGCUUACCUGGAUCAGGAUGUGGCUCUCUCUGAGGACAUGGUCCACAAGUACAGCGACUUGGCCCUGGAGCGCAUCAACGUGUGGAUCGUCGAGCUGCGCCGCCUCUUCCUGGUCGAGGACCUGGUGGACUCCCUGAAGUUUGCUGUGGGGAUGUGGGUGUUGACCUAUGUUGGUGCCUUGUUCAAUGGUCUGACUCUCAUCAUCUUGGCUCUGGUCGGAGUGUUCAGCUGCCCAGUUAUUUAUGAGAAAAAUCAGAAACAAAUUGACCAUUACGUGCAACUAGUAACCGGCCAAGUCAAAGACAUCGUUGCGAAGGUCCAGGCCAAGGUCCCGGGACUGAAGCGUAAGGCAGAAUAAGGAUCGGAUGCUGGAGCCCGCAUCUCUGGGACGUCUGUGGGAAGGGGUGGGGUGGUUGGGGGUCAGGGGUCGGGGGUCAGGGGUCGGUAACCCUGCACUUGUAAUAUUCACAUCUUUCAACUUUCCAGUUUAACUGUUCUCUAGUGUUGUGGGAAAACUAAACUCGUCAGCCUGUCACUGGGUCUUUUUCCACCUGCUCUAAAGUAUUCUAUGCCACUACACGAGAAACUGAAAACUUUAUUUAUCGUGUUUAAAACACUGGGGUUUGCCUUUAGAAGGAACAAAGGAGAACUACCAAUAGGAGCAGAGAUGACUGAGCACGCUCUGUCCGGGCCAGUAACGUACGGAAUCAUGGUGUGCAAGCAGAGGUGGUGUCAUUUUUUUUCUUUUCCUUUUUUUCACCCACAGUUUGUUCAAUUUGACAUGAAGGAUGGUGGCAAUUUAUUUUUUAAGGGGGAGAAAAAAGAAAGAAAGUUUGAUUUGGUACCAUUAUGGCAAGAACUGAGUACCUAAACUGAUUUUUUUUUUUUGGUAUAAUAAAAGCAAAUAUAGUGGUUAUUGUGAUUUUACUGUUUUAUUGAUUAUGUAGUGUUUCACAAAGAGCUUGUAGUCUUGUUCAGCAGCUCCACAGUGCUCGGCAUCACGUUUCCAAAGCCCACCGCCCGCUGUCCCGUACACCUUCAUGCUUUCGCGUACGCGUAGGAACAUGUAGCAUUUCUGCGGUAAAAGAACAUUUUUACUGUGCCCUGGUGGCCCCAUUGCAGCUGCCGCCUCAGACUUUGGAAGAACACGUUUUACAAAUCAUGGAACUUCAAGAAAGGAAAAAAACUAAAAACUCUGCUGUCUAAUCUGUGGAUCCACUAUCUGAAGCUGUGGCGACCAUCUGAACUUGGAAACGUGAAAAGCAUUUGUUUGUCAUGCAAGUAAUUGUGAAUGGAAAACUUCAUGCAAUUUGUGAUGAGUUCCGCUGAGAACUGUCUGUGGAUGCAUUGUGAAAUGUAAACAAAUACCAAUAAAGCUAAUAGACAAA